UGUGUGACGGCGCAGGUCUUCACCAUCACUGCAUGGGCUUGAUGCGCGACUGCGAGGAUUUGCAAACCGAGAGGGCAUCGCGCUGCGGAUCGGAGAGAGCGACGGACCAGGGGGCAUCAUGGGCAAAGUGCAGGGUGGGAUGAAAUGCGUGAAAUAUCUGCUCUUCUUCUUCAACUUCAUCUUCUGGCUGUCAGGCUUGCUGGUGCUGGCAGUGGGACUCUGGCUCAGGUUCGACCCAGAGACAGUGAAGCUCCUGACGGGGGAUGAAGCCCCCUCCACCUUCUUCAUAGCUGUCUACAUCCUCCUUGGAGCAGGCGGCUUGAUGAUGAUCGUCGGGUUCUUCGGCUGUUUCGGAGCCGUUCAAGAGUCCCAGUGUCUUCUUGCAUCGUUCUUUGCGUGCCUCCUGAUAAUAUUCGGAGCAGAAAUCACUGCCGGCGUGUUUGGAUUCAUAAACAAGGAAAAGAUUUCUGAGGAAGUCCAAAAGUUUUAUAGCAGCUCCAUUGUAGAAGUCAACAAUUCAAAUGGCACCGCAGACAUUUACCACCAGAUACUGAACUGCUGUGGAGGAUCCUCCCCUGAAACCAACGCUGCUCUGUGUGAAGACGCUGAAGAGGCCCCGCAGAACUGUCUGGAUGCGAUAUCAGACUUUUUUGACCAGAAGCUGCACAUCAUUGGUUUCGUAGGGAUCGGCAUCGCAGGAGUCAUGAUCAUAGGAAUGGUCUUCAGCAUGGUGCUGUGCUGCGCCAUCAGGAACAGCCGGGAGGUCAUCUAGACCGACGCUCAGCCGCGUGGGGGGGGGGGAAGGGCAACGCCAAAGUUACAUUUAGAUGUCGUUUCACAUAGUUCACACUGAUGCGGCGGGGAUGUUCACACACACACACGCGCACACACACACGAGCUGACACGCCGGGUCCUUCACGCCUCCUCCUCGACUCCACCAGCACCGAAACAAAACGCCGAUCGCUUUCUGUUCUUUUCUUGUGACACACGCUCCGCUUUUAACACACCUCCGUGACGCUUUUAACACGUUUUCCCACCGGCGCUCCACAGAGACGACCACGCAGCACGCAAAGCCUUCUCUGACUGAAGAAUGUUGUGACUGAGGAGUAUUGCUGUAGAUACACCUGUUUUAUACGCCCCGCUGUUAACCCUAUUUAUUCCGCGCGCCCCUUUAGGCCUAACGCCCGUCAUCGUCUGCUUUCGUGUUUUGAGGACUAGCCUUCCUUUGCAGAGUAAAUCUUCUGUUUAUGUGCCUAUUUAGCGACGCCGUCAUCAUCCUGCCGCUGGACUCUUUGUGAUUUUUAGGACCGUGCUCGUUCCUGCCGCCACUCUCAAGUAUUCGUCUCUGCAAAGCACAAUAGCGCACGUGUAGACAUGAAAUCAACCUGGAAAGGUCCGGAAGGUCUGAUGAUAAACUGCCCUCUUUGUAAAUCUCCCAUAUCUUAUCUGGAAGUCCGUAACACUUUGUGCUGGAGUGUCUCUGAACUGUAACAGUGAGCUUGUUUGCAUUGUGUGUGAAUUGUGGAUGUAAAUUUUCUUGGUGUGCCAAUAAGAUGUGAAAUAUAGAGUAAUAUAGUUACUGUAACUCUUUUAACCGUAAUAAAAACUUUUGGGUGCUUUUAAUAAAAUGUUUUUUUCUGUU